CCGUCACCAGCGACAUUGUAAAGUGGCCUUUCGCCGCUGCCAGUAUUGACAACGAACAAGCUGCAGAGAACAGCCAAUCUGGAGUCUAUAUCUUAUCCAUGUUAUUUGCAGUCAAAAGAUGCACAGAAAUCGUGUCUCCAAUUAUCAAAAACAAUCGCCCCCAGCAAUGUCUCCUUCCCUCAUCCAUUCCGCAGGCGCCGCCGUAAAUGCCCUCUCUCCAGACGACGAGGACGACAGCGACAUAUGUCCAGUGUGCGAUGGAGAUUGCACCUGCGACAACAAACCGCGCCCCCCACCUGCACCGAUCGCAAGCAAUGGAUUUGCGCGUUCUGUUGUUGCUCCAUCCUCCACCGCUCACGUUCCCGUAAUGCCAUCGCUAAAAAUCAAAUUCACCGUCCCAGCAGGUAUGCAGAACAGAGCACGCUUACUGACACCCCAAAACAAAAAAUCUCGCGCAGAUGGAGUAUCCACUGCAGCAUCCAACACCACUGGAUCAGGAGCCAUAUCUACCCUUGGACAGGCACAGCGUCUUGCUUCGUCAAGCACCACUGGCCAUGGUCAUCACACGACCCAAGAUUCCACAAGUUACAAGCGCAAAGGCCGUCCAUCAAUGAGCAUCGUCGAUGCGCGAAACCCGUCCAGGACUGCGGCAGUAGACCGGCAAAUUCGCGGCAACGAGGCCAACACGUUGCCACAGUCACAAUCACAUCUCCCAUCGCAAUCUCUUCGUGCACACAAACCAGGUGCAUUAAAAGGACCGCGCUCCAAUAUCACGAGUGCUAAACAGCCGAGGACAAAUUUUAAGUCCUCGAGGCCUCCCCAAAACACUAAGGCCCAAGGCACAAUCCCAAACAAGGUCUCGGGUUCGAAGAAGAAGAAGAAGAAGAAGCAGGCCUUAAUCAGUGACGGGUCUGCUUCUGAUCAUGGCGAUCACAGUACUGAUGAUCUAGACGACGAUGAUAUUGAGUCUGGUCAUUUCCCGACUUUUGUUGCUGCUUCAGAUUUGUCGCCGUCGUCAGCAUCCGAUUCCUCUGACUCGGGCAGCGAAUCAUCAAGUUUCGACUCUGAUUCCUCCCUGGAGGCAGAGGAAGAGAGCUACAUUCUUGCAGAACAGAGACGUCAUGACAAAGCACGCGUUCGUCGCGAGCUUUUAGGCGACGAGCCUCAUCGGCGCAAGGAUGCGCAUAAUAAUAAUAAUAAUAAUUGGGUCAUUCGCCCGCGCAAAAAAAGUGUCGGUCUCAGUGAUGUCGACAUGGAUGGUGACAGUGAUGAUCAUACAGAGGAUGAGGACGAGGACGAGGACGAAGGACUGUGUGAUGAGGAGGAAGAUGACGAGACAGAUGGUCAGGCCCCUAGCGUCAUCUACACCGGACUCGCGACUGGUUGGUCGGACGAUGAAGAGUCGAGCUUCGACGCUGAUAUCUUUUUCGACAAUCUUUCUGAUACCAACUCCGAUGACAGCUCGUCAGGAGAUGAGCCUGUUGAACCUCAAGACACCCAGGCCGAUGCUAUGAUAAGUAGCAUUAGCAGCCUGCAGCGUAGUACGGACCUUGAGAUGACGGAAGGAUGGGAUGGCCAGAUUGUCUUUACCAAUGGCUGUGGCGAUGGCCAAGGCGUUUUGGAUCUUGCCUUUGAAGCCACCGCUGCCCAACUGUUAGCUUCGGAUACUGCAUCCAUCAGCCAAGACAGCGAUGUGGAGAUGGGUUCAGAAAUGGGAAUCGGUGGUGGCGAUGGUGACGAUGAGGAGGUUGAGUCCGUGAUUGGUACCAGUGAUGGUGAGACUACAGAAGAGGAACUUGUUGAUGCCAGCGGCUUACCAACGUCGCGCGCCAUGAGGCUCUUCCGUUGGCCUACAAGUGUGUCUUCCAUCAAUCCAUCAUUUACCGUCAGUCCUACAGUCUCGCCAGCUCCUCACAAUCGCCGAUCAACCACGUCGCACCACCGUGAGUCCCCUCGACCUGCCGACAUUCUCGCCAGGAAGGUCUUCUGCGAUGACUCGGACCACUCUCAGACGGACAGCGGCGAAGGAAACGCAUCUCGUUCCAUUCGGAGAAUAUCUCAAUGCGGUGUUCCUAUUAUGGGACACUUUAAGCAAGCCAGUGAUGCCACACAGAAGAUGGCCAUUCUCACUGGGUCGAAUAAAGAUGUUCCGUCUCCUUUUCCUCGCCUCACUCAGAGACGCAGACGCAUUGAUUCUAGCAGCGGUGGAAGUUUCAGUAGCAUCAUGGACGUUCGCGGUCGUACAUCCCGACUCACCAUUUUCACCCCGUCUUCCGCCUUGCCCCCUCCUUCUUCGUCCGAUGAACCCUCGUCACAUACCACCCCUGAGCCCUCACUCGCAGAGCCAAUUGAACUCGACGAUGUGCUAGACUCGUCCUAUCUUGACUCUGAACCAGAGAUGUCACUAGGGAAUGGUACAGCGAGUGAAGGUGAACUCCACCGUCAUUUACAGAGCCUAAGUCGUUGGGACCGAGUUCCUGUCGGUACUUUCCGUCUAACUCGCGAGUCAGCAGCAUCAUCCAAUGACAUCCCCUCGUCUCCUGGCUGGGCAUCCGAACCUCCAAAGACCGCCACAUCUGAUGUGCUGUCCUACAGUAAUGUCAUGAAAAGUAGUCCUCUCAGUACCAUGCUCUGGCACGAUAAGGGACCGCCUCCAAAGGCAACUCCCCGCAAAAACCGAUCGGUUGUCAUAUCUCCUGUACUUCUUCCCGUCCGCGACGGCGACCGCACCCCUACCCAUGUGCCACAUAAUCAACCUUCCCACAAUCAACAGCCUCCUCACAAAACUCGCAAAGAGUCUCGCCGCGAGAUGAAGAUGUUGAAACGCAAAACUCACGGGCCCGUCCACCACCACCACCAUCAGUAUCAUCAUCACAACCACCAUCCUAACAUGAAGUCGCGAAGCAUUGGGUCCGUGCAACGCACCAACUUUUUCAAUUCCCCUAGUUCCGUCCCACCCCUCAAUAUAUGAACAGUACUGACUUUACAACGCCGUAAAUUGCCGAUGACGCAAUAUUUCGAGCACCAAUUCACGAUUUCUUUGUUGUAAAACCUUUGUGCCACCACCUUGUUACGAUCACGCCAUUUGUUGUUGUGGUAUUUUUCAUUCAUGCAUCAUCUAUAUCGCCCAUGUUGCUUCGCUGUUGCAUUACACAUCGGGUAUUGAUUCAUAUAUCCCA